CGGGGCGGGGCGGCCGCKCUGCCGCGGUCACGGCCCGGCGGGUGCGCGGGGCCGGGGCCGGAGAGCGGAGCCCUCUCCUGAAAAUCCUGCUCCCGGAGCCUCCGCUCCUUUAUCCCCGGGCACGGAGAGAGAAGCCGGGGACAGCCGUCCCUGCUCCCGCCGCCGGCGGAGCCGCAGCCAUGGACGAGCAGAGCGUGGAGAGCAUUGCCGAGGUGUUCCGAUGUUUUAUUUGUAUGGAGAAGCUGCGGGAUGCCCGCCUGUGCCCUCAUUGCUCCAAGCUGUGCUGUUUCAGCUGUAUCCGGCGUUGGCUGACUGAACAAAGAGCUCAGUGCCCCCAUUGUAGAGCCCCCCUGCAGCUCCGAGAGCUCGUCAACUGUCGCUGGGCAGAGGAGGUCACACAGCAGCUGGACACACUUCAGCUCUGCAACCUCACAAAGCACGAAGAGAAUGAAAAGGACAAGUGUGAAAACCAUCAUGAAAAGCUGAGUGUUUUCUGCUGGACCUGCAAGAAGUGYAUCUGCCACCAGUGUGCACUUUGGGGAGGAAUGCAUGGAGGACAUACUUUUAAACCACUGGCAGAAAUCUACGAGCAGCACGUCACAAAAGUGAAYGAAGAAGUGGCAAAGCUUAGGAGGAGACUCAUGGAAUUGAUCAGUUUGGUGCAGGAAGUGGAGAGGAACGUGGAGGCCGUGCGCAGCGCCAAGGACGAGCGCGUGCGGGAGAUCCGCAACGCCGUGGAGAUGAUGAUCGCCCGCCUCGACACCCAGCUCAARAACAAGCUCAUCACUUUGAUGGGUCAAAAGACAUCACUCACUCAAGAAACSGAACUUCUGGAAACUCUGCUUCAAGAAGUAGAACAUCAGUUACGGUCCUGCAGCAAGAGUGAGCUGAUAUCCAAAAGUUCUGAGAUCCUGAUGAUGUUCCAGCAGGUCCAUCGGAAACCCAUGGCCUCGUUUGUCACCACUCCUGUCCCCCCWGACUUCACAAGUGAAUUGGUUCCAGCCUAUGACUCAACUACAUUUGUCUUGGAAAACUUCAGUACCCUGCGCCAGCGAGCAGAUCCYGUGUACAGCCCUCCCCUGCAGGUGUCAGGACUGUGCUGGAGAUUAAAAGUUUACCCGGAUGGAAAUGGAGUAGUUCGGGGCUAUUACCUGUCUGUGUUCCUGGAGCUGUCUGCUGGAUUGCCAGAGACAUCCAAGUACGAGUACCGUGUGGAAAUGGUCCACCAGUCCACCAAYGACCCCACCAAAAACAUCAUUCGUGAGUUUGCCUCUGAUUUUGAGGUUGGGGAAUGUUGGGGUUACAACAGAUUCUUCCGYCUGGACCUGCUGGCCAACGAGGGCUACCUGAACCGGCAGAACGACACCGUGAUCCUCAGGUUCCAAGUGCGUUCACCAACCUUCUUCCAAAAGUGYCGGGAUCAGCACUGGUACAUUGCUCAACUGGAAGCAGCUCAGACAAGUUAUAUCCAGCAAAUAAAUAAUCUGAAAGAAAGGCUCGCGAUCGAACUGUCCCGGACCCAGAAAUCCCGAGGGGUYUCCCCUCCAGACACUCACCUCAGUCCCCAGAAUGAUGAGGGCUCAGAAACAAGGUCCAAGAAACCUGGACAAAGCAUUGAGGCACUGCUGGAGAAUUUCACUGCUCCGGGAUUAGCACGGGAGAACAAGGAAGAGGAGGAAGAGAAGACUCAGCAGGAAGACUUCAAUCAGCACGAGCUCUCAGAUGGUGACCUGGAUAUGGAUCUUGUUGGAGAAGAUGAGGURAACCACCUUGAUGGCAGCAGCUCUUCAGCAAGUUCAACAGCAACCAGUAACACUGAAGAAAAUGAUAUUGAUGAAGAGACUAUGUCUGGAGAGAAUGAUGUGGAGUACAGCAGUACCAUGGAGCUGGAAGAUGGAGAUCUCAUGGAGGAUGCAGCAGCUGCUGCUACUCCUGGAGCAUCAGGUACCAGCCACAGCUACAGCAGUGCCAGUGGGAGACCCUCCCGAAGGGGAGCCAGUGCCCUGGGCUCCACAGCCAGCAGCAGCCUGCUGGACAUAGAUCCCUUAAUUUUGAUCCACUUGUUGGACCUGAAAGACAGAAAUGGCAUGGAAAACCUUUGGGGCCUUCAGCCACGUCCUCCUGCCUCGCUUCUGCAGAACAGAGCCUCAUCCUAUUCCCUGAAGGACCGGGACCAGCGGAGGCACCAGGCCAUGUGGAGGGUGCCCCCUGACCUGAAGAUGCUGAAAAGACUCAAAACCCAGAUGGCUGAAGUUCGAAGCAAAAUGUCAGAUGUGAAGAACCAGCUGUCUGAAGUGAGGAGCAGCAAUGCUGGCUCGGGAGAGGGACAGCCCAGCUUCUUCUCCAUCGAGCAGGGGGCUCUGGCUGCCUGUGGCACUGACAGCUGCAGCAAACUGCAGGAAAUAGGGAUGGAGCUCCUGACCAAGUCCUCAGUCACCAGCUGUUACAUCAGGAAUUCUGCCAGUAAGAAAAGCAGCUCAGCCAAGCCCCUUCGCUCGGGAGCAGCAGGGAGCCUGUCCCUGAGGAGAGCCAUGGACGGGGGAGAUGGCAACCUGCGCCUGAAGGGGGACAGCCACACUGCUGAGGGAGGCCUGGGGAGCUCCAAGCUCAGUGCUCGGCCCCACACUCGGGCCCUGGCCGGCCCCGGGGCCGCUGAGGCACUGCCAAAACCAGAGGAGAGACCCAGUGAGGGAUCAGAUUCUGAGGUGGGAGCUUCUGGCUUGAAUGGCUURGCUGCUGUGGAAAAGAACAGAAAAGUUGGUGCUGUGGGCUCAAACUCCAAGGGGUGUCGGACAGAAGGAGCCCAGUCUGGUGGCCUGGAGAGCAGCUCUGAGCCCGGGGAGCUGCAGGGGAUGGGUUCUGAAGGWGCCUCUGCAGGACCAGAGGAAGCCGGGGUGUGUCAGAAGCACGUCCUUCACCUGCUGCCAGGGAUGAGCAGUGACAGUGACAUCGAAUGUGACACGGAGAACGAGGAGCAGGAAGAUGCCACCUCUCCCUCGGAGGUGUUCAACCACGCCUUCUCCGUGCAGCCCUCCAGUGAAGAACGCUCCUCGGUGUUACCAGACGGGGAUCCAGCCAGUUCUGACGAUCUCAGCUUCGUCCCUGGAGAUGACAGCACCAGGUAGAGCGCGGGCUGGAGGCCUGAAGACCCACGGCUGCAUCCCUGUGAGAGGUGUGUGCRUUCCCUGGAGCUGAGGCGUGGCUGCUCCGUGCCUGUGUGCACUUCGUGGUUCUUCUGCGUUGUCUUAACCCUGUCCCCGRGGCACAGCGACCUUUGCAGCCUGGCACUGACAGCGUUCUCUGAGCUGUGGGGAUGUGCUGAGCCCUGUCCCGGGGGGAUGAGUGUCCUCACAACACCCCGAGUGUGUGACUGUCCUCGGGAGUGCCAGGGGUGGCUCCAGAGCUGGGGGGCAAACCGCCCCCGCUGCGAUUGUUCUCCCCAGUUGGUGACGUGGACCAACCACACCCAUUGCCAAACUCUUUGUUCGUUGCAUUUUGAGCUGCUAAACUCCUUGUGAAGCUCUCUGAGAGCUGAUGCCUGGGUAGUGACAAAGCAUGAGCCCUGUAAGUACCUACUGGUGUUGUCCUCGUGUGGCUGCCUGUGCCCUGGGUCCGUGUGAAUGUGCUCUACAACUCCUAGUUUUAAACUGUUUGCACUUUGUUAAUAAAAUGAAUGUUGAA